AGCUGUACUGGACAAGUCUUGUGAAAUACUGAAUGUGAACAGACAGCCACACAACAAGAACAGCAGCAACAGCAGCAACAGCAGCCAUGAAGUUUCAAGCCCUUUUCUUCCUUCUGCUUCUCACCUGCAUGUACCUGAGUCUGGCACAAGGCUCGUAUGGUAACUGCUGCCUCCGCUACGCUAAGGGAAUGAAAGCAAAUGCAAAGAGAAACAUAGAAAGUUACAGGAUCCAGGAAACAGAUGGUGAUUGCAACAUCAGAGCUGUUGUGUUUCUGAUGAAGAUGAAGCCCGGACAUGUUAAACAGAGGACGGUUUGCGCCAAUCCACAGGACACUUGGGUCCAGCAGCUGAUGACUGUGGUUGGAGGAAAGCAGCAAUAGACCACUGAAAGGAGAGAAAGAGGAGGAGAAUGGGGAGAGAGACUGUUUGACCUCCCUGUCAGGCAUCAUGUAUCACCUUUAACCAGAUGGAACAAGUUUCAGUAGAUUAGGUAUUUCCUGUUGCUGACAGAGAAUGUAAAUCAUGUAUACUGUUCACUAUAACACGAACAUACCAUAUCCUCAAAGUUUUAGCCAGUAUAUAAACAUUCAUUUAUACGAGCCAUCACUAUGAUACUGUUCACUGUUCUGUGAUUUUUAUAGAGCCAGCUAGAAAUGAGCCACUAUUUGGCAGCUUUUAAAUGUAUUGGCUGUGUGUGUGUGUGUGUGUGUGUGUGUGUGUGUGUUGUAUAUGAGUGAGUGAUGUAUAUGUAAAAACCACUUUGGGAUUAAACUGAGAGUUUUUUCUAUUUUUUGUAUAGAACAGAUUUCCAUAUUUUUGUAUCAGCACUCUGCAGUUUGUGUCUCUAUAUCAAAUAAAGAAGCAAUACAAACAAAGAA